AUGAGUAAAUUACCUGUGCCCACAUCCAUGAUCCAAUCAUCUGCAAAGGUAGAUCCUAACACUUUACAUAUGCUUAGAAGAACACAAGGUGAAGGAGAGAAACAACUUGAUAUUCAGGAGCUACAAAAUUGCAAAGUGGUAAAGACAAACUUAGUCCUACCGUCAACGAGUGUUAAUCAAUUUCUAAAAAAAUAUGGGAUACAAGUCGGUGGUGAAAAACAUCCUGAUAAUCACCCAGAAAAUGAAGUCAGAUUUAUGUCCUCUCCUAUUAUUGAUGAGCGUGAAAUAGAAUUGGAUAAUUUUGCUACACAAGAUGAAGUUGGUGACGAUGAAUUUAAUGGAGAUGAGGACAUGAACAUCGAUGGUGCUACAGGUGGGACAUCAGAGAAGAAAAGAGUUCGAGGCAAACAACAUGUAAGAAUAUUCAUGCAAGAAGUUUUGAAGAAAGAGAGGAGGUGGCAUGCUGUGUUAAAGGAUAUUAAGCAACGAAUGUGGGAAUAUGUCAAUUCCAAGUUCUUAAUUCCAGCUGAAAGAGAGAAGUGGGUAAUGACUGGUCUUCGUGAUGCUUGGAAGCGACACAAGAAAAAUAUUAAGAAGAAAUAUUUUGAUAAAAAUGCUACUAUUGACGAAAUGCUACAAAAUCGUCCCAUUGAGAUACCCGAAGUUCAAUUCUGUCAAUUGAUUGAGUAUUGGGAUGACGAAGAUGUCCAAGCUAUGUGCCAAUUAAAUUCUGAAAAUAGGAAAAAACAAAUGUGGACGCACCGAAUGGGACCUAUUAAUUUUGCAAUAGUGCGUGUGGCAUUGCGCGCAACCAAAGAGAAUAAUGAGGAACCAUCAAAGUCUGAAAUGUUUAUUACAACUCGUACAAAGAAAGGGAAGGAAGUUCAUACGGAUACUCAAGUUGCAAUAGUAAGUCAUGCUGCAAAUUUAACAUCCUUUGAUCCAGUAACUUAUCCAGCAGUUUCCCCGACUGCUGAAAUUUUCAGCUUGCAAAGCAAUCUCACGAUCCUCCUUGUCACUUUUAGGUUCAGCGGCUUCUUGUGA